UGCAAAAAACAACCUUAAACGUUUUGGGCCGAUACUUGCAUAAUUUUUAAAAAUUUCAAAUUUGCUCAUUAAUCACAAUUACACAAGUUUCAGUGAUAGCGUUAACUACAAACACUAUCGAAAGUUUAUGCCCAAACAGAGUCUGGACACAAGUACAACGCCCAAACUGUGAAUUGAUAACAAAAAGCACUUUCUUCAGGUGACUUUGAACAUUAAUUUUGGAGGCUGGCUAAGAAGUUGCCAAUGGGAACUAAAGAGACACCAAAAAAAACUGGCCUUCCACAAAUUGUUAAGCGGGAUAUGGGAUUGAAAUUGGCUGAACAAUGGGUUAAUAAUAUGACCAAAGCUGCAGAGAAUGAACUGCCAGAAGUAGAAUCAGAGGGUCAACCUUAUAGGCUUGGAUUGGGUGCAAAGGUCUCCCGCCAAGCCAAAUUUGGACCUUCAAAUGACCCACUUGAAAAGAAACUACGUGCUAAGUUAAACACUGGAAAAAGAAAAGCUGCUAUUAUUGCCAAGGAAUAUACUCCAUCUGCUAGAGAUGGAGGUGAUAAUGAGGAUGACGAUGAUGAUGAUGAUUUAGACAGCAGAACAAGUGCAUUUGACAAGAAGCGAGCAAGAGCUCCUAUGACUGUAUGUUCACAGGCAAAUAAAAAACAUAAGUAACUAUUUUUCUGUCUGUGGAGUCCUUGAGGGUUCUGUCUCUUUUGUUAUCUGUCACAUAUACUUUUUUUUUUUUUUGGGAAUGUCACAUAUACUCUUCCUGUGGAAGAUUUGAUUCUAUUGAAUUAAUUUUAUAUAAAAUAUUCAUUAGAGGUGACGGUGUUAACUUUUGCUUUGCA